AUGGAUUCACCGGAAGAAUUGAGUGGUGAAAGUGCCGGAAAUGGUUCGAAAUUGGAUGCGAAAACGGGUUUAAACGUUCCCACGGUCGAGGAGAUAAAUGUGGAGCAAAAGGGAUUCCCAGUGGUCAAAAUUGACCAUUUUACAGAAUUUGCUGACGAAACCCCGCUAAAGAGUCGCAGAAGACCGGUCAAAACUCCGCACAGGAACGGUGGUGGAACGCCGUUGCAGUCUGGUUCGGGCCCAGCACAUGGUAUGACGACGACGACGACGACUACAACAACAACGCGAAGACGAAGGUCCAGCAGCCGUGGCUCGAGUAAAAACCUCAAAAGCUCUACAGAGAUUUCGCCCGCAUCGAUGAUUUUCCGCAAUUUGCUGAUUCUGGAAGACGACCUGAGGCGCCAGGCCCGGCAGCAAAAAGCGUUAAAAUGGCAAUUCACGUUGUUUCUGGCUUUGUUGCUGGGGCUUGCAGCGGCCGCUUUUUACGAGCUGUAUUUCACGCAGGAACCGGUACGCGGACUUUACAAGGUCGCAUUACAGUUUAUGCUGAUUUUCAUAAUGGUCACCAUCGUACUUUUCCACUUGAGCGGCGAGUAUCGUCGUACUAUAGUGAUUCCACGCAAGUUCUUCACGUCCACAAACAAGGGCAUUCGCCAAUUCAACGUGAAACUGGUGAAAGUCCGAAGUUCUGUUUCAGACCUGGGGAUCGAUCUGGUGCGAUUGUUGUGUCGCACAGCUGCGUCUGUCAACCUUGCAGUGGUUCGCAAGGCUCUGCCAGCGCGAAUGGCAGAGAAAAGUGGCACUUUACGGUUUUGGGACGCGGUUGCGCUACGAUCUCAGCCACGAAUAGGUGCCGUUGAUGUGAAACUGGUGCUCAAUCCCCGUGCCUUCAGUGCUGAAGUACGCGAGGGCUGGGAAAUUUAUAGAGACGAGUUCUGGGCUCGUGAAGGUGCACGAAGACGCAAAGAAGUUAACGAAAUGGGCUCAUAG